AUGGUGCCAUUAGCAUAUUAUGAUCAACAGUCUGUGCCUUUAGACCAUUCUUGCCAGCCGACCACAGACAAUUCAUUAACAUAUGAAUACACAGGUGAAAAACUAAAUCAAAUCAAUAACCAACCUGUAGCGAAAACGCAAUCUCUUAGCAGUCACCUUGCAGUACCUUCAUUAAACUCUAGCAAGAAAGUUCAUGAGUGUUCAAUAUUGCCUUCUUCCAGGUCUCAGGUCAUGAUUUCACAAGGCUUCUAUAACAGGGCCAUGAAAUCACCAUUACCCCACCCCAAAUAUCAGCCCACACCUGCACUAGACUUUCACUGGAGAAGUCCCCUGCGGCCAACUUCUAGAGCACUUAACUCACAUUUAUCCCACCCCAAACCUCAGACAACACCUUCACCAGACUUCAACAAGACACCACCAUCCCGGGAGCUCAGUCAAACAGUCCUGAGGUCACAAUUACCUUUCCCCAGGUUUCAGAGUGCAUCUUCAAAUCUAGAACUUUGUUGGACAUCACCUUCAUUGAAGUCUAAUCAAAGAGUUUCCAGUUCAUCAUUAUCUCACCUCCAAAAUCAAGAAUCACCUUCGUUCAACAAUGUCUGGACACCGUCUACUUUGGGACCCAAUCAAAGAGCCUUCAGCUCAACGUUGCUUCAAUCUAAAUCUCAGAAAACUUCUUCAUUAGAUGGCCUUUGGGCCUCUUUAUUGGAACACAAUCAAAGAUCUUUGAGUUCACCAGCACUCAGCGUCAAAUCCCAAACAAAUGAGUACCUUCGAACAUCACCUUCUUUGGAGACCAACCAAAUUACCAUGAGUUCACUGUUACCUGAUUCCAGACUUUCAAAAAAACCUGUAGUGAUCUCUGAUCCCAAUGUUCUGAGUUUACCACUGUCCCAUUCCAAAUUAAGAAAACCAUUAUCACAUUCCAUCCAUCAGUCUCAGAGUUUACCUUUGUUCCAGUCAAAAUCUCAGAAAACAGUUGCCCUUGAUCGUAACUUUCGGACUUUCAGCUCACCAUUUUUUCACUCCAAAUUUCAGGACACCACUUUACCAAAUGACAAACAUGGGGCCACAGAUCUGCCAUCACCUCCGCUCAAGCCAAAUGUUUCAGGUCAAUUAUUACCAAACUCCAAAUACUGCAUCAGGAACAUAUCUUCUUCAACACUGAGUCGCAGACUCCAGAAUAAAAGCAGUUUUGAUUUUUGUGCAAAUACAGAAUCAAAUAAAGAAAUUCUGUGGACUUUAGACUGCAGCCAGCCCUGCAUUGUUAAAGGUGGAACCGUCCCUGAUGAUGUUGUAAAUAAAAUUGUCAAUUCUAUCUCCAAGUCCAAAAUCCAGAGGGAUCUCUGUAGGCAGAUUCUGUUUCGAAGGAUGAGGGGAAGGCCAAAUCCUCGUCCUGGUCCCCGCCUUUCAACAACUUACAUGGUUUGUUUAUCUUGUGCUUCCUGCAUAAAAUCUCAGUGUGAACAUCUUACAGGAAAAAAAGACCCUCGUUGUGCAACACUCUUUGUCAUCCCAACACCUGAGACUAAUACUGAGGGAAAAAUAGAGGUGAAAUUGGUUCUUAUUCUUUCUAUACCCGAGGCUCCCUUCUCUUCUGGUCUCUCAUCCUCUAUGAAAGAAAAUCAGUCUGAUGAAGCACCUGAUGACAACCCUGAAGGAAUGGAGAAAAUACCAGAGAUUUUCCCCACAUCUGAAUCUGAUAUUCUCCAGGGCCUUAAUAUGAAGAAAAAAUGGUUGACAUUAACCCUUGAAAACAGAGCUAUAAACCAACAGCCACAGGCUGUGGACUGGCUCUUUUAUGUUAAAAAAAGUAAUUCUCAGCCACAAUCCCAGCUCCCACGGCCUUCUUCUUCUUCCUCCUCCUCUUCUUCCUCCUCAGGCUCUUCCCCCUCCUCUUCUGCCUCUUCUUCUUCAUCUUCUUCAUCUUCUUCCUCUUCUGCCUUACCCUCUUCACCUUCUCCUUCCAAACAUUCUAGCAAACCUACCCACUCACGUUGUGGACUUGCUAAGGUACUUAGUUACCACAGGUUGCCUCCAGGGGUCUCUUGGCUUGAGUUUAUACGUAGUAAAGAUCACCAACCACAUCCUGGAAAACGAAAUCAAAUUCAACCACCACCUCCCAAAAAGAAACCCGUGAGGCAUAGUAACAAAGGAAAAAGAAAAAAGGGGUCAAACAUAUUGCUCAAGUUUUUCCAUACAAAGCUUCAAAAUGAGAAAUCCUGA